CCUUCCUUUCUCCCAGUGCAGCAAGAUGGGCAAAAAGAGUCGAGUGAAGACCCAGAAAUCGGGGACUGGGGCCGCAGCUGCGGUCUCUCCCAAAGAGAUGAUGAAUUUAAUAUCCGAACUGCUUCAGAAUGAACGUGGUGCCUUCAGGCAUUUGGAAAUCACUCCCAAGGAUGAACCAGACUUGUAGAUGUCCACAAUUUUUUUUCUGAGGUCUUGGCUGAUUUCUUUUGAUUUUCCCAUGAUGUCAAGCAAAGAGGCACUGAGUUUGAAGAGUGCAGCAGCACUGCAGCUCCUCCUGGGAAAGAGUGGGAGGAAUAUGUUCAGAUCCGAACUUUGGUGGAGAAGAUCCGCAAGAAACAGAAAGGGAUGUCGGUGGUGUUUGAGGGCAGCAGAGAGGACUUUUUCUCUGAACUGAUGGCCUGGGCUGCAGAGUGUGGAGCUUCUUGUGAUGGUUUUGAGAUCUCUAACUUUGCUGAUGAAGGAUAUGGCCUGAAGGCAACCAGAGAUAUCAAGGCAGAGGAGCUGUACCUGUGGAUCCCUAGAAAAAUGCUGAUGACAGUGGAAUCCGCCAAGAACUCUGUCCUUGGGCCUCUGUACAGUCAGGACCGAAUCCUCCAGGCCAUGGGAAACGUGACUCUGGCUCUUCACUUGCUGUGUGAACGGGUCAAUCCCAGCUCACCCUGGCUGCCCUAUAUCAAGACCCUGCCUGGUGACUAUGACACACCCUUGUACUUUGAGGAGGAGGAAGUGCGCCACCUGCUGGCCACACAAGCCAUACCGGAUGUGCUCAGUCAGUACAAAAACACAGCGCGGCAGUAUGCUUAUUUCUAUAAAGUCAUCCAUACUCAUCCGAACGCCAGCAAACUGCCCUUGAAGGAUGCCUUUACCUUUGACGACUACAGGUGGGCCGUGUCCUCUGUGAUGACCCGUCAAAACCAGAUUCCCACAGCAGACGGAAGUCGGGUCACACUGGCCCUCAUCCCACUCUGGGACAUGUGCAACCACACCAACGGCCUGAUUACGACUGGCUACAACCUAGAAGAUGACCGAUGCGAAUGCGUAGCUCUCAAAGAUUACAAAGAGGGCGAACAGAUCUACAUAUUCUACGGUACAAGAUCCAAUGCUGAGUUUGUGAUCCACAACGGUUUCUUCUUUGAAGACAACGCACAUGACCGUGUGAAGAUCAAGUUGGGUGUGAGCAAGAGUGAGCGUUUGUACGCCAUGAAGGCAGAGGUUCUGGCACGUGCAGGCAUUCCUGUGUCCAGUAUCUUUGCCCUGCAUUGCAGCGAGCCGCCCAUAUCCGCUCAGCUCCUGGCCUUUCUGCGUGUCUUCUGCAUGACUGAAGAGGAACUCAGGGAUUACCUGGUGGGCGACCACGCCAUCAAUAAGAUCUUCACCCUGGGCAACACCGAAUUCCCUGUCAGCUGGGAGAAUGAGAUCAAGCUGUGGACGUUCCUGGAAACACGGGCUGCACUGCUGCUCAAAACCUAUAAGACGACUUCAGAGGAGGACCGCUCCAUGCUAGAGAAGCCCGACCUGACCCUACACUCCCGCAUAGCUAUAAAACUGCGCCUGGCGGAGAAAGAGAUUCUCGAGCGAACAGCAUCCAGUGGUCGCACCAAACGCCUGCACUUCCAAAAGCAACUGGAUGAGGGGGCCCCACUGCCUCUGUAUGAAGAAAGCGACAUCGCCCUCCUGGAGAACGCGGACGCCAAACUUCCCAUCAUCCUGCGCAAACUGGAAGAAGAGGAUGAGCGGGUUGAGGAGGAGAUGAGCCUGGCCGAAAUCAAUCCCGAACCAGACGGUCUGGACUCCUCUAAGACCCCGGUUCUUAACGGGGAGUGUAAAGGUCUCAAUGGUACUCAAGAAGAUUCACCAGGAAAUGAUGCAGUGCCAGAAGACAUUGGAGAGAGGGUAAAGAAGACCCCUGCACACCAAGACGACCUGAGUAGCAAACGAACUGAAGAUGAACUGAAAGAAGCUGGCGAAUAGUCGUAACCAGAGCACAGUGGCAAUUGCAGUUCCUACUAUUUAUUUAUUUUGUUAAAGAGACUCACAUAUAGGAGCAAAAAGCUUUCUAAACAAAAAUGGCAGAGGAUUUCAGUUUAAUUUACGUGUUGUUUUUUUUUUUUUUUUUAAUUAAAUGCAGCUUAAGCAAGGAGUAUGAGCUCAAGCUAAGAAGCCUGUUGUUUUAUUUUGUGUUUUGAGUUUUUAAUCAGUGCCACAUUGGUUUCUUCUGUAGAAGCUUUGCUCAUGCUGCCAGAAAGGGUUCAUAGUAACAAGGUAAGAAUGAAUACAAAACUUCAUGUAAUGGACUCCUGUUUAGAUGAAGGCUCGCUUGGACCUCACAGAAUUAAAGAAAAAGAUAUAUUGAAGACUUUAACAUGGUAACUUUGCCAAGGAUGUUGCUGUUUAGUCAUCUAAAAUGCUGACAAAGGGAAUUUUCUUCUCUCUAAACAGCCAUUACUGUUAGAUCACUCCAGAAACAUGCUUGAUGUGUCAGUGUGUUGCUUGACAAUCAUUAUUCUUUUAUGUUUUGACACUGAUCCGUGAGGAUACCAUCACUGACAGUGCUGCUUGCUGAUUGUUACCUGAGUAAAAAGGUUAAGACUUCAGGCCGCAAAAAAAAACAAAAAAACAUUUAUAUAUAUUUUUGUGCAAUUCAGAGAAUAGUAGGUGCAUUCCAGUCAACAUUUUUAGUUUUGUAUUUGAACAUGGACAUUUUAACCCGAAACAGAAGAUAAGAGGUUUUUGGUAACCAUAAGAUUACUAGCUGUGAAUGUAGUUUAAAGUUUGUGUUAAAGAAAAACUAUUCACUUUUGAGUAUGUUAUAUACACUAGUUUUAAUACUUCUUUGCCUGCGAGACAACUUAAAGGGUUAGUUCACCCAAAAAUGAAAAUUCUGUCGUCAUUUACUAACCCUCAUGUUUUUCCAAACCCGUAUGAUUUUCUUUCCUCCAUGGAACAAAAAGAUGUUAAGAAGAAUAUAGUCUCAGUCACCAUUCACUUUCAUUGUAUCUUUUUUUACUUCCAAGCAUUGAAAGUGAAUGGUGACUGAGGCUGUCAUUCAUCCCAUGGAAGAAAGACAGUCAUACAGGUUUGGAACAACAAGUAGGUGAGUAAAUAAUAGCAGAAUUUUCAUUUUUGGAUUAACUAUUCCUUUAGAGAAUGAUAUUUAAGUGGUUUCCAGAUGUGAAAAAAUUUAUCAAGUAUAAAGUCCUUGUGCACAUAAAGUGCGCACCGCAACAUAGACCCAACGUUUAAAUAACGAAACGUGGAGUUUGUCUCUUAAUUGAUUUUAGCACGAUGCUCCUUUACCCAGUCACAUGAUCCAACAGUAGUGACUUGUAUUGGGCUGUGAGAUUUUUCUCAAAAUUGUCUCAACAUCAUGUUGUCCUUUUGGACUUGAAUAUACUCAACUGAAGUUCAUUAAAAGUUUUUGUUGAUUCUCAAAAGAUGUUCAAGUGUAUGGGAGAUUGUCAACUGUUCUUGCUGCUUUGUAUAUAGAUUUAUAGCUUCGGAAAGCUUACAGCUUUAAUACACAUAUUGUCAAUUCUUUAAUAAGUUAUCUAGACAUUAAGGAGAUACACUGUGGAUUGCACUGACACGUAGUACUGUACAUCAACAGACUGUAUAGAGCCAUUAGAAUCUGUCUACAUUAACAAGUCUGAGAUUAAAGUUCUGUGCAUUUUUCACUUGAAACCAAUAAGGUGGAGUACUUCCUUCAAAUCACUGACCUGUCUAACUGUCAUUUAGGAGAGUCUUUUUUUUUUUUUUUUUUUUUUUUUUUAACUCCCAUCAGAAGACAUAAGGGCACUUGUCCAUUGUCCUUUUAUUCUUUGUUUCAUUUGGAGGGAACAAAAGGUUUUAUUGAAAGUAUUUUUUCAUUCUUUGCCUCCCAAGCCCCAUUACAAAUUUAUAAAAGAAACAUUAUCUUGAAUCAUUUAAUUCGGGGCAAUUAAAUGUUGAAAUUCCACAUUCAUUAUUCAUGGGCUUCAAGAUAAAACCCCUUUAAUCCUUGAAUAGAUUAUUAUAAUGGGCGAUAGUGUGGGCAGUGGUAAACUCGGGCAGCCCUGCACAUGUCCAGUAUUGUUAGUAUUCUUCUUGUCAGGGCUGAGAGCAGGAGUGCAUGGAACUCCCUUUGGCCUGGGACCAUUGCACCAAAGUCAUUUGCCUAUGAAUAAUACACACCGCUUCUAUUAAUAUAGAAUUCCGUCAAGCCCCGGGCAGAGGGCCCAUUGUCAUGCAAUUAUUUACCAAUACGUGUCACUUGUACCAUCCUUUAGAUGGGGGGAGGGGGUGUUUCUUAGAAGGUUGGAAGGUCAUAUUUAUAUUUUAUGUUAAAUAUUUUACAGUUGACGUCAGAAGUUUACAUACACCUUUCCCAAAUACAUUUAAACUCAUUUUUUCACAAUUCCUGAUAUUUAAUCAUAGAAAACAUUCCCUGUCUUAGGUCAGUUAGGAUCACUACUUUAUUUAAAGAAAGUGAAAUGUCAGAAUAAUAAGAGAAUUAUUUAUUUCAGCUUUUAUUUCUUUCAUCACAUUCCCAGUAGGUCAGAAGUUUAUAUACAUUUUGUUAGUAUUUGGUAGCAUUGCCUUUAAAUUGUUUAACUUGAGUCAAACAAAUUUUCUAUCGGAUUGAGGUCAGGGCUUUGUGAAGGUCACUCCAAUACCUUGACUUUGUUGUCCUUAAGCCAUUUUGCCACAACUUUGGAGGUAUGCUUGGGGUCAUUGUCCAUUUGGAAGACCCUUUUGCGACCAAGCUUUAACUUCCUGGCUGAUGUCUUGAGAUGUUGCUUCAGUAUAUCCACAUAAUUUUCCUUCCUCAUGAUGCCAUCUAUUUUGUGAAGUGCACCAGUCCCUCUUGCAGCAAAGCACCCCCACAACAUGAUGCUGCCACCCCCAUGCUUCAUGGUUGGGAUGGUGUUCUUCGGCUUGCAAGCCUCACCCUUUAUCCUCCAAACAUAACGAUGGUCAUUAUGGCCAAAAAUGUCAAUUUUUGUUUCAUCAGACCAGAGGAAAUUUCUCCAAAAUGUAAGAUCUUUGUCCCCAUGUGCAUUUGCAAACUGUAGUCUGGCUUUUUUAUGGCGGUUUUGGACCAGUAGCUUCUUCCUUGCUGAGCAGCCUUUCAGGUUAUGUCGAUAUAGGACUCGUUUUACUCUGGAUAUAGAUAUUUGUCUACCUUUUUCCUCCAGCAUCUUCACAAGGUCCUUUGUUGUUCUGGGAUUGAUUUGCACUUUUCGCACCAAACUACGUUCAUCUCUAGGAGACAGAAUGCGUCUCCUUCCUGAGCGGUAUGAUGGCUGCGUGGUCCCGUGAUGUCUAUACUUGUAUACUAUUGUUUGUACAGAUGAACGUGGUACCUUCAGGGGUUUGGAAAUUGCUCCCAAAGAUGAACCAGACUUGUGGAGGUCUAUAAUUUUUUUUCUGAGGUCUUGGCUGAUUUCUUUUGAUUUUCCCAUGAUGUCAAGCAAAGAGGCACUGAGUUUUAAGGUAGGCCUUAAAAUACAUCCACAGGUACACCUCCAAUUCAGUACACCUCCUAUCAGAAGCUAAUUGGCUAAUUGUCUAAAGGCUUGACAUCAUUUUCUGGAAAUUUCCAAGCUGCUUAAAGGCACAGUUAACUUAGUGUAUGUAAACUUGUGACCCAUUGGAAUUGUGAUAUAGUCAAUUAAAAGUGAAACAAUCUGUCUGUAAACUAAAAAAUUACUCAUGUCAUGCACAAAGUAGAUAACCUAAACGACUUGCCAAAACUAUAGUUUGCUAAUAUGAAAUCUGUGGAGUUGUUAAAAAAUUAGGUUUAAUGACUUCAACUUAAGUGUAUGUAAACUUCUGACUUCAACUGUUUACUUGGUGAGUUGGUAGCUACACUUUUAAAGUCAACAUGAAAUCAAAGUCCAUGCAUGUCAACCUACUUAUUUAAUAUUCCUAGUCUCAUAGUGCAUGAUUGAUCAGUGUGUGUUAUUCCAAAGAAAAUGGAAAAUGUUUUCGUAAUCUUUCAUCAUAAUUUAUAAACUUUGUGCCUCCGAAACAACUUUCUUUUUAUUUUAGGCUACUGUUGCAGCCUUACUUAAAUAUUACAAAGAAGUAAUGUAAUAAAGGUUUUACUUCUGAAUAUACUGUUUCACUCGGAAAUAUCACCUCACGGAAGCAAAACUGGUUGUGAAUGCCAUUUCAUUUUGACUUUAAAAAUAAAGGUUCGUAAAGGAA